GCGACGCCGCCGUCAAGAAGGUCGCUGCACUGGCCCAGUGGUUCGAGCGGAUGGCUGGGCUGGUACACGCGCGCUAGCUUGACAUGUAUCACUAAGCAUUACCGUGGCUACCACGUUUGACGUGGAAGUUUGGUGGCUCAUAGUCCUACUUUGUAGGAUGCUGUGGCGCAAGUUGCCGGUUGCGCUGGCAUGGCCGACGUCAUUGGCACCGGGCCACCGGCCGCGAAUCUCGAUAACACAGAUGGCUUACUCGGUGAUUAUGCCUGCAGGCGCAGCUGCACGCAAGUGUUCUUUCAUUCAUUUCAACGCGUACACCCAGAGUCAUCAAACACCCAUGCUUAUAAUAGAUAUGACAAUCCGCGUUUCGUUCCGCACGCAGGACAAUGCCAGCACACAGGUCCAUAUCAUCGUGUGCGCCACCGCUUUGGCCAGAAGACCAUCAAUACAAAAGCCCACUCGGUUUGCCUGUGGAUGUGGAUGUGGACGCGGGCGAUGGGACGCCUUGACGUUGGCCCAGGCGGACUAUAAAGCUCAUCAUCGUUCUCCUUGCCUACCAGUGUCCUCGUGCAGUGUCAUCCGCGCCCAUCUAUAUUUUGAAUCUCCCUCUGAUAUGCCUCUUUCACAACGUGCUGCUACAAGCUUCCUACACAUUCCUCCUGUGUUUACAAAUCUUCAACGCAGAUUCAAAGCUCGAAUGACUUCUCAUUCGUCCACCCGCACGCAAAAAUCAAAAUCAUCCCUCAGCUCCAGAGCCACGAAGCGCAGGUCCUUCCUUCCAUCGCUAAAGUUAUCUUCACCCUCGUCAUCCUCCUGGUCUUCCGGAGACACGACGUUCAGUCUGAAACCUGUGGACUCUGAUCCAAGCGCCGAAUCGACCAUGCCCGAUAUUAUUGUUACACCGGCGAGCCCCGUUUGCGCUUCAGCGCUAUCAUCUCAUCCCCCGCUCGGGACUAAAAUUACUGAUCGGUUCUGGCCCGAAGAAGAUUUUGAAAACCACGAUCAAGAUGAAAUACUUGGAAUUGGCAAGCUUUCGUCACCACUGAUCGUGAAUGUGUUGUCACCUCCUCCAUAUUACCGACGUUCCCAAACAGUCAUCGUACAGCAGGACAACAUACUAUCUAGUGAUAAGUAUCCCUCACAUUAUAGAAACCAGAACGACUCGCGCCCUAUGGUGUUCCCGUUCUGAGCAUAGAAUCUGUGAUUUAGAUAAAUGGUAUCUUACCAUCGCAUUAAUCAGACCCAUGGUCUGCCUGUAGACUAAUUUCCAUACUGUAUUCCAAUUGUUACACUAUCUUUCUGACUUGGUUUCUCUUUUAUUCCUUACUUGAUCAACCAUGCAAGUCGGCUCUCCACCGCGCACGUCUAGUUAUGUUAACUCGACCCGUCGCUGGACAGGGGCAUAUGACGCUCCAAACCCCACUUUAAUAAACUGCGC